AGCCACGAUUGAUCCAUAGCUCGCUGACACACGUACAUGCACACGCGCUGUAUUUUUCAUACCGCGUAUCGCGUACGGUAACGUGUACCAUACGUACCGCAUACAUACCGUGACCGUGCAUCGAUUGAGAACGGCAUCCUUUAUCUCUCGAUUAAUUAUCAAUCUUCACGACUGAUUCAUCGUCUGCUAGGGAACAUAAAUUUUAACUGCUCAAAUAUGGCAUCACCGGAAUUCGCUGGAAAGUACAUACUCGCUGAAAGCAAAAAUUUUGAUGAAUUCAUGGGGGCUCUCGGAGUGAAUUAUUUUCUGCGAAAGAUUGGCAACAAAGUGACGCCAGAACUAAACGUCGAGAACAAGGAUGAUCAUUACAGCUUGACAUCUGUAUCAACAUUCAAGACCACAAAGCUUGAAUUUGACAUUGGCAAGGAGUUUGAAACCACCACCCCAGAUGGUAGGAAGGUCAAGUCAACAGUGACAUUGGAUGAUGGCAAGCUGAUACAGAAAGAAUCUACCAUUGGAGCAGAAGGAGAUGGCAAGGAUUGUACUUAUAUCAGGGAGCUAGAUGCAAACAAAGAUCUAAAAGUGACAUGCAUUUUGGGAAACAUUGAAUGUAUUCGUCUCUACAAGAGAAUGUAAAAAUCAGUGUGAAGAACGGUGAUGUACAUUCCUUUACACCAUAUCUCCUGAGGACUAUGUCUGCCCUAGCUUGGACAAUGGCUGCCUUAUGGUCUUCUAACGAGUAGCAAUUCAAUUGCCUCUUCGAAUGCAUCAUAAAACAAAUUAUUGAAAUCAGGAAUACUACAUGUAGGUAAUUCAUUCUUGCCAAUUCUGAUUUUUUUUAAAUUCCUGCCAGAUUAUAUGAACAUUACUUCAAAAGUGAAAAAUUGUGACAUUACAUGUAUAUGCACACAUUAUGUUUUGUGAGGACCUAAAUGGAGAUCACUCUUAUGAAAUUUUUAUUUGUUAAAUUUUUUUGCUAUUUAAAUUGCAACUGACAUCUAAGAAAAUUGAAGAUGAUUAACAUUUAUUGGAAUAUUGUCUAACCUGGCCAAUUUUGGUAAUUCUGUGUAAAACUUUCUAACUCUAGUGGGAGUUAUUAGUGGAGUUACCAUACUGUGUGUUUUUAUCAGGUAGACUUGAUUUUUAAUUGAAAUUCUGAAAUCUUAAAAUUACAAUCUUGAUCAAAGCACUAAAUAAGGAGAUGAGUUUAUGUUAUCUUAUAUUGUUUGUUUGAGUUCAAAGUAAUAUUCACUGAUAGUCUGUUAGCAAUGAAAUAUCAAAUGUCCUUGAUACUGUACUUGAGUCAGCUUAUUAUCAUGUUUGCUAAAUUUAGCAGACCUUUCUGGAUAAAUCUGACCUAUUUUGAAGUAUGCCACUGAUGCAAUUGAUUACUAAUGCAAACAUAACCAUGAAAUUAUACUUGAUGAAAAUUGAUAAUGGGAGAAUCUAUAGAAGAAAAUAAACUUGGGUUCAUAUUUGUCACAUUCAUGCGAUGGAAAAUGCAUAAUUGAGCAGGGAUUAUAACUAUUUAAAAACCCAACAUUAAACAUUAGACAAACUGACAGCUUGUUUUAAUAGUGGUUUAUGAGACACAGGUUGUUACAAGAAAUUAGUUUGCUUUUGAUUACUAAUUCAAUCAAUUAUGGCAAAUCAUUAAAAACCUUCUACUGUUAGUAGACCAGUGAAUCAGUUGCAAAAGAAAAAGUGAAACUGGUUAGGAAUUAGACCAACUGGUAAUAGACCAAGUGGCUGUAAACCGAUGAAAAGAGAAGACAUUCCAAAAAUGAUUGAUUUGGGGGCCAGCACAGAAUUGAAGUUCAUGUAUUCUCAUUUUUUGAAAGUUUUCUAAAAUAAAACUCAGAAAAAUCAUACAGAUUUUGCUGAUCCAAACCCAUUCGCGCAGCUAUUUGUGCAUUUAAGCAGUAUAAUCAGUGAUCUUCAUUUGAGUUUUCACAUUUGAUACUGUGGUUUAUCUGAUGACCCAUUGAUUGCAAUAAACACACUAGUAUCAUCUUUGUAUUGUAUUUCUUGUUUGUAGUCAAUGCUACAAUGCAAAAAAAUUACCUUUCAAAGUGAGGACUUUGACUCGUUGAUAAUGAGAUCAGUUGAUAAUCAGUAAUUAAACAGGAAGAAGGCUGUUCAUUUGGGUCAAGUGUCAAUAAACUUCUUUGUAUUAAAGACUGUAACUAAAGACAAAAGUAUGUAUAAGAUAACAGUUCGAAAAUUGUCUUCUAUUCAGUUGAUUUAGCAACAUUUGCUUUGUUUUCUCUGCAAGAAUUAGUUUUUGUCUCACCUGCAUAGCAGAGUGAGACUAUAGGCGCCGCUUUUCCGACGGCGGCGGCGGCGACGGCGGCGGCGGCGUCAACACCAAAUCUUAACCUGAGGUUAAGUUUUUGAAAUGACAGCAUAACUUAGAAAGUAUAUGGACCUAGUUCAUGAAACUUGGCCAUAAGGUUAAUCAAGUAUUACUGAACAUCCUGCCUGAGUUUCAUGUCACAUGACCAAGGUCAAAGGUCAUUUAGGGUCAAUGAACUUAGACCAUGUUGGGGGAAUCAACAUCAAAAUCUUAACCUAAGGUUAAGUUUUUGAAAUGUCAUCAUAACUUAGAAAAUAUAUGGACCUAGUUCAUGAAACUUAUACAUAAGGUUAAUCAAGUAUCACUGAACAUCCUGCAUGAGUUUCACGUCACAUGACCAAGGUCAAAGGUCAUUUAGGGUCAAUGAACUUUGGCCGAAUUGGGGGUAUCUGUUGAAUUACCAUCAUAACUUUGAAAGUUUAUGGAUCUGAUUCAUGAAACUUGGACAUAAUAGUAAUCAAGUAUUACUGAACAUCCUGUGCAAGUUUCAGGUCACAUGAUCAAGGUCAAAGGUCAUUUAGGGUCAAUGAACUUUGGCCAAAUUGGGGUAUUUGUUGAAUUACAGCCAUAAAUUUGAAAGUGUGUUGGUCUAGUUCAUAAAACUUGGACAUAAUAGUAAUCAAGUAUCACUGAACAUCCUGUGCGAGUUUCAGGUCACAUGAUCAAGGUCAAAGGUCAUGUAAGGUCAAAGAACUUUGGCCACGUUGGGGGUAUUUGUUGAAUUGCCAUCAUAUCUCUAUAAGUGUAUUGGUCUAGUUCAUAAAACAUGGAAAUAAGAGUAACCAAGUAUCACUGAACAUCUUGUGCCAGUUAUAGUAGUUUUCAAAAUCAGCACUGCUGCUAUAUUGAAUCGCGUGAUGCAGGUGAGACGGCCAGAGGCAUUCCACUUGUUAUGAUAAUAAUUUAAUAAUAAUAUAGGAUUUUUAUAGCACGCAUAUCCACCUUGUUAGGUGCUCAAGGUGCUCCUAUAUUACCCCGGCUAAGCUAGUCUACUGAUUCCAGUGCUCACAUCUUUUUGAUGAAUUACUUCCUGCAAGUACCCAUUUACCUCACCUGGGUUGAGUGCAGCACAAUGUGGGUAGAUUUCUUGCUGAAGGAAAACACACCAUGGCUUGAAAUCGAACCCAUGUCUCUCAGAUUUAAAAGACGAUAGUCUUAACCACUAGACCUUUACUUAAUACAUCCGUUCAUAUACUUAAAUUCAUGUACAUGUACUUAUAAAUGAAUCAGUUGAACUUGCAACAUAUUGAAAAAAAGUGGUGCUGAAUUAGUAGCAUACGUAGUAUGCAAUUGACCAAAUAAGAAGGGGGAUGGGGUACCACACUUUGGGUACUUCAGGAGAAUUUCCCUGGUAUUCUGUAUGUAUGUAUUCCAUCAAAUUUGUGUUCUUUAGUAUGUAUAAUUUAUGGUAAACAUACAUGUAAUAUUAUAUACAUGGAUCAUGUAGUGUCUGUUUGAAAUCCAUACAUGAGCAUUUGAAAGAGGUUUUAAUACAUGGAGGUUGUAUUGUGUUCUAAAUUAAGUUCUACCCAAUUGUCAAGUCUGAUACCUGCAAGUUAGGAUUCAUAUUAUAAUUGAAUCCAAUUUAGGGAUGGAUUAUGUCUUUUUCAUCUUUCCACCAGAGGGGGAUGGGAUGGAGGGGGGGGGGGCUAGCUCUGUCUUUACAGGUAAUUACCUAAAGGAUUUCAUUUUUUGUGUGUGCAAGCCUGUAUCUGCAUUUAAAGAUAAUUGGAAGUACAUGUAGUUGCAGUCAGUAAAUACUGAUGUCACAAGAAAGUGUGUAAAACCAAGAUCAAUAUACCUGUAUCAUCAUGGAUCUACAUGUAGAUCUGUUAUAAACUGAACUUUGUGAAAUCCUAAUUAUGUAUGUGUGGUACAGUAUAUUAUUACUUUAAAAAUAUUUGUUAUUUGACUCAUAUCCAAUGCUUAGUUUGCUAAUUUCACAGCAAUUACAUUAUUUCUUCCAGAAACAUAUUUCAUAUCCAGAACAUAUUUUUCUUUUUUAAGUGCAAAAGACUCUUGGGUGGUCAUUGUAUAAGAUUUUGUACGAACUCAUUUUGAAAUUGUUAGAACUGACUGUUUCUCUUUAAGACUAUGGUUAUACAUGAGCGCAAAAUUAUAAUACCUUAGCAUAUUUUAAAUGUGACAGGUACACUGUAUGUUUACCAACAAUACACCUGCAUAGGUUGAGGAAAAUUCUGAACAACUCUUUAUGUUAGGUCUUUUUUUAUUUUUUUUUAUUUAAAUGAUUCUGUAAAAUGAAGCGAAAAAACAAGAAAUUUCUUUUCUCAGGGAUAUCAAAAUAUUCUACAUUUCCACUGUCUUUAUAAUAUUUAUGAUUGUAUCUUGUGAAAUUAAAUGUAUGAUUCAUUCCCAUAAGUUGGUGCUGCCAAAUACUAGCCAAACAACUGCAAUUAGCAAACAUAAAUGAGAAUUUGUGUAGAAUGCCAUUUUGAUAGCCAACAUACAUGUAGUUGCAAUAUUUAGUACAAAGUAAUUGUAAAUCUUUAUACAAGUGAAAUCGUUCAGAAAAUAUGUUGCAUUUUGUAUUUCAGAUGCAGUUUUAAUGUUUUGUGAUGUGUAGAGUAUAUGGAGCUUUUGUUUUGCAUGAUUGAUGCUUCUAAUAUUCUGUAUUUGGUAAAAUUGGAGAUUGAACCAUCUGUGCAUGUGCCAUGUGUCAACUCUGGUGUCCUCUAAUCCUUACGACUGUUUUCAGAGUGAAUUAACGUUGUGUUGAAAUCAACAGCAUGACAAUAGAGGAUUGGUCACGUGAUACUUUUUUCAGUAUGUCUACGCUAGAAAGGAAAGACCGUAAUACCACAUGACAAAGAAAUGGUUACAAUUCUUGAUAGAAGCAUUCAUUUUCCAUAAAAAGCUCCUAUAACAAAUGAAGUAUGUUAUAAUCAUUUUGAAAUGAUAGCCCAAAUAUAGCAGCUUUGAAAAUAACCAAAAUGUAAGAGGAUUUUAAAGCUGAUGAUUUCAUAUUAGCCUCAGAAGUGCAUGAAAUAUUCAUUAUUGUAAGAAUUAUUUUUUAGCAAGGUAGUUAUACUCUUUUCAGUCAUCUGACAUUCAUAGUUAGCAGAGUUCAUUAUUUCGCCAUGAAGCUCAAAUACUAGUAUUUGAGAAAGCAAAAGGGUUCAAAAUUAGUGGUUUAGAGAUUGAAGUCUAUACAAAUAAUUAUAGUUUAAAGUUGUACAAGAAUACAUGUAGUUUGCAUUCCAUCCACUUACUUAACCCAUAGUGCUUCCAGCUAAUGGUUCUUGUGAAAAUUGUAUAUUGUUACCAAAAAUGAAAAAAAAAGCUUUGAUUUGUGUUUUAUCGUAUCAUUAAUAUUUGCUUUCCAAUAUAUUAUGCACAUAUUAUGAUCAAAGUGUGUUUCUUGCCAAUGAAUAAACCAAUCUUGUCAAUUAUAUGUGAUUCAAUAUACCGCAAUGCACCUGUUGGAUCAAUUAUAUAAUUAUAUAUGCAAUAAUUGUCCUUUUUAAUUUCCUGCUCUCAGUAUUAGUAUGGGUAUAACAAAAUCUUGUGCAGAUCAUCUGAUGGUGUCAUUCUUAAUUAGGACAAUGUUAGAAUAAAAGCAUUGAAAAUCCUGAA